CUGGCAAGGCUUCUCGAAGGCUUCUCACCACAUGGGCCGGCUCAGAAACGCCAAGAUCCACGUGGAGAGGGCUGUCAAGCAGAAGAAGAUAUUCAUGAUCCAAGGCCGCUACCCAGUGAUCCGGUGUCUUUUGCGCCAGCGGGGCUGGGUGGAAAAGAAGAUGGUCCACCACACUGCCACUGCCCUGCAUCUACCCCAGAAGGAUCUGGAUAGCUCAACCAUGGGUGACAGUGAUACCACAGAGGAUGAAGAUGAAGAAGAGAGUGAGGAGCCGCAGUCUUCAGACCUGUUCAACUUGGAUGGUUUGCUGGAAUUUAAUGACAUAGAUGGGACACACGCUUUGAUGUCCCGCAUGGUUAGGAAUCAAGUUCCCUACCUCAUUUGGACCACGAGGCGGGACGUGUUGGACUGUCGCUUCCUCUCCAAGGAUCAGAUGAUCAAUCACUAUGCCCGGGCUGGCUCCUUUACCACAAAGGUCGGCUUGUGUCUCAACCUUCGGAAUUUGCUGUGGUUUGAUGAGGCUGAUGCUGAUUCCUUCUUCCCACGCUGCUACCGCUUGGGGGCUGAAGAUGAGAAAAAAGCCUUCAUAGAGGACUUUUGGCUGACAGCUGCCCGCAACGUUCUCAAGCUGGUGGUGAAGUCUGAAUGGAACUCAUGCUCUGGCCAGGAGGAGGAGGCAAAGGCCCCAGGAGACAAGGAGCCUAAGAAAUCGGAAAAAAAGCCGGUGCUACCAGUGACCUACGAGUUUGUGGAUGAAGCUCUGUGUGCAUGUGAGGAACAUCUUAGCAUCCUGGCACACAAGGACAUUGACAAGGAACUGGAGGCUCCACUCUAUCUCAGCCCUGAGGGCUGGUCUAUCUUCCUCCAUCGCUAUUACCAAGUAGUCCACCAGGGCGCACAACUCAAACACCUGGACACUCAGGUCCAGCGCUGUGAGGAUGUCCUACAGCAGCUAAAGGCUCUGGUACCCCAGAUCGACAUGGAGGGGGACCGCAACAUCUGGAUUGUGAAGCCAGGAGCCAAGUCCCGUGGACGAGGUAUUGUGUGCAUGGACCACCUAGAGGAGAUCCUGAAGCUGGUGGACAGCAACUCCCUGAUGAUAAAGGACGGCAAGUGGGUGGUACAGAAGUACAUUGAGCGGCCUCUGCUCAUCUUUGGCACCAAGUUUGACCUGCGACAGUGGUUCCUGGUCACUGACUGGAACCCACUGACCGUGUGGUUCUAUCGCGACAGUUACAUCCGCUUCUCCACACAGCCCUUCUCCCUCAAGAACCUGGACAACUCUGUGCAUUUGUGUAACAAUUCCAUCCAGAAACACCUGGAGACCUCAUGCCAUCGGCAUCCGAUGCUGCCUGACGACAACAUGUGGUCCAGCCAGAGGUUUCAGGACCACCUUCAGGAGCUGGGAGCCCCCAAAGCCUGGUCUAAUAUCAUUGUACCUGGAAUGAAGGCUGCUGUGAUCCAUGUACUUCAGACCUCUCAGGACACAGUGCAAUGCCGGAAGGCGAGCUUCGAGCUCUACGGUGCAGACUUUGUGUUCGGUGAGGAUUUCCAGCCCUGGCUGAUCGAGAUCAAUGCUAGCCCCACCAUGGCACCUUCCACAGCCAUCACUGCCCGACUCUGUGCCGGUGUGCAAGCUGACACUCUGCGCGUGGUCAUCGACCGGCGGCUGGACCGCAACUGUGACACAGGCGCAUUCGAACUCAUCUAUAAGCAGCCUGCCGUGGAGGUGCCCCAGUAUGUGGGCAUCCAGUUGGUGGUGGAAGGCUCCACCAUCAAGAAGCCGUUAGCAAUGUAUCAUCGGCGGUCGGGGACCCGGCCAGCACUCCCUCAUCUGCUGACCCAGCAAAGCCUUGGAGAAGGCAAGGAUUCAGGGACCCUUACCCACAGCCAAGAUAGCGGGAAGUGUGAGGAAGUUGUCCCAGGUUGCACAGCUCAGAAAGGACCAUCCAGAGACGCAGACCCAGCCCCCUCCCACCUCCCCAGCCUCCACACCAAGGCCCAGCUGCCUUCCCCCUGUGUGCUCCGACCCCAGGGCCGGGUCCUCAGGCUGCAGCACAGCAAGCUGGUGGGCUCUAAGGUCCUUUCGACUACAGGCAAGUCCUUGAUGACUCUACCCACAGCCAAGGUUCUGAUGUCCUUCCCACCUGCCCCUGACCUCAAGGUGACACCCAGCAUCCUGAAGCCAAGAAAGGUGGGCCUUGAACUGACUCACACCCCAGGGAGGGGGGCGGGUAGCGCUGAGCACUGGGACAGGAGAGCAGGGGGGGCCUCCCCCAGGCAGCCGCGGACUCUGCCACACUCCCCCUCUGGAGACAGAUUCCUGAUCAUCUCUCCCUCUCCCCCUUCUUUCACACCGAGGCUGGUGGUCCUCAGCGCCUUCAAGCCCCCCAUUGUGGAAGUGCCACAUGGCCUCUGUCCUUUGAAGUUGGACCUCUUCCUAGCAACCACAGGAAGGUCAAGUCCAAAGGCUUGGCUCCACUGCUGGUGGAGGAUGAAGAGCGAACGGGGGAGGCCCCUCCACUCCAAGGGGCAGACGACUCUCCCAUGCAGCGAGGCGCAAAGCCCCUACCCACAGGCAGACACGGCUUCCUGGACAGGACACCGGGGGACAGGGGGACGGGAGGACCUUCACUAUGUAGAUGUGGAAUGCAAGUCUGGAAAAGGUGACGUGGGUUGCCCAAAAUCAUGGGGCAGCAAGUGGAAGGCAAGGCACAUGCGGUCACAACCGCUGUACACCAGGAUCCCCAGCCCCGGCCGGGCAGGGCUGGCAGGGUGACACCUGGUGGACACAGGAAUGACACAGAAAGGGAAAAGAGAUGUCAGUGUACAGAGGGGACAGGCCUGUCCCUUCUUCAGAAGGGAUCAAAAGCCACCUAAGAGUAGAAUCUCCAAUGAGCCACAGCCUUGAGAAGUCUGACCUUCCCUAGUGUGGUGUGUGGGAUGGUGGUCCUCUAAAAACGACCUGCAACCCAUGAAGUAUGUCUUUACAUGGAAGAUGUUGUGCAGGUAUUAUUAAAUUGACAUCUCAAAAUGA